CUCAUAGGUGAGACCCUCUUCCCGCCUCCCGGAGGGGGGGGGCGGGCGGCACCUGAAGGACCGCGUCUCGAGGGGAGGCGCGGGUGUGUAGGCCAACAGGGGAGGCCCCAGGCCUGUGGCCGCGGACUCGGACCUGAUCUGGGAAGAGUACCAAGUUGACCCUCCCAGGCUGCACAAGCACCAGCAAUGAUGGAUGAGAGGGAGGAGGAUGCCGAUGAGGAAGCCUGGUUGCAGCUUCGGCCAGUGGAGCCCUUGCCCUCCCAGUGCUGUGGCAGUGGCUGCUCACCUUGUGUGUUUGACCUCUAUCACCAAGAGCUGGCGAAGUGGGAAGCAGCCCGAGCCAGCAAGGACAGGAGCCUGCUGAGUGGGGAGGAGUCACAGAGCUGUCCAUCCAAGCUGAGCCCAGAGACCUUCCUGGCCUUCCGCAUCAGUGCCAUGGACAGACUCACCGAGGACACUUACUGUGUUCGGUUCGCACUCCCCAGGAACUGCCAGCUCGGCCUGCGGCCUGGCCAGCACCUCAUCCUACGAGGGAAGGUGGACGGCUUAGAAAUUCAGAGAGCCUAUACGCCCAUCAGCCCUGCCAACGCAGAAGGAUACUUUGAAGUUUUAAUCAAGUGCUACCCGACUGGGCUGAUGUCCCAGUACGUCAGGUCCUGGAGCACAGGAGACACAGCUUUCUGGCGAGGACCUUUCGGCGACUUCUUCUAUAAAGCCAACCAGUAUGGUGAGCUCCUCAUGCUGGCUUCAGGCACUGGCCUGGCCCCCAUGGUGCCCGUCCUGCAGACCAUAACAGAUAAUGCAGAGGAUGAGACCUUUGUCACCCUGGUCGGCUGCUUUAAGACCUUUGAGGGCAUCUACCUGAAGACCUUCCUCCAGGAGCAGGCCCGUUUCUGGAACGUCCGAACCUUCUUUGUUCUCAGCCAGGAGAACUCCCUGGAGAAGCUUCCCCAGAGUUACCAGGAGAAGACCCGCUUUGGCCGCCUGGCCCAGGGCCUGAUCGAAGAGCUGGUUGGUUCCUGUCGCAGAAAGCCGUUUGCGUUGGUCUGUGGCUCGGCUGAGUUUACCAAGGACAUGGCCAAGUGCCUGCUGUGUGCAGGCCUGGCCGAGGACUCCUACUUCCUCUUCUAGCCAGGCCUCCCUUCCGAAGCCCUAGCCAGGGUCCUGCCACUGGAACACUGGGAGAAGUACAGACUGGAGUGCAGGCCUGGCCCACCGCUCACUGGCCGGGUGACUGUAGGUGAAUGUCUUCCUCCCUGCUCCUCCAGCUCUUAUCUACUCCACAAGGUUGCUGACUCCCUCAGGCUGACAUACUGCUGGAUGGAGGGAAGAUGGGGCUGCAGGAGCCCCAGGAGGGAGCGUGGGCAUCCCAGAGGACUCCCGGGAGAAAGCCAGGUCCAUGCCAGGCCCAGGGAUGAGUAGGAACUGGCAGGAGAAGGUGCAGGAAGAGCAUCCCAGGUGUCUCAGAUUAGAGGGCUUGGGGCCUCCCGUCACACCCUGCCCUAGAAAUGCCUGUUCUAAAACCUGCUUUCCCGGGAAACUUCGUGUCCUUGCUGUGGUCUCAGGGCUGGCUCUGAUGCAUUGCUUGCUGAGUGUUUAGGGACUGACCAUGGGGUAGCUAAGAGCUCUUUGGAGGAGGGACUUGCCUUAUGUACCCUCCUGUGCCUCAAGCCUGACACGGCGCUCUCAGGUUCUGUGACCUGGUCCCAGCAAGGUGGGUCCUGAAUUACCUUUAUUUGUAGGGGGCCCAGGCCUUUCCUGCUGCAAACAGCUCCGCUCGAAGUUUCCCUUCCCUGGCUCAAGAGCCCAGCCCAGAGUCCUCUCCUGAGCAAAAGAAGUACAGAAACAAAUACCCCUCCCUCCUGCAGGCAGCCAGCUCAGCCCGCCUUUAGCUCCGGAGCCCUGGUGACAGUUGCUAUGGAGAUCUAAAGAUAGAGCAGGAGUCAGGAGACCUGGGUCCCUCUCCCUGCUCUGCCCACUGAGCCGCUGCUGAUUCUGCUCCACCCCCACUGCCCUCCCUACCGAGCCCCUCCAGCCUACACGGGGCAAGACCUCCCCAGGGACCUGGUGCUCCCCGGCAGCGGGCGGGACACUAUGGGCAAUGAAUCCUACUUUCCACUGCCUGGCCUCCACCAUGCUGCCCCAGCUCAGGCCAGCUGCGGGCGCUCCGAGAAUCGGAAUACUAAGCCAUGAAAUCUCAGAGCCAGAGGACCAUGGAAUCAGAACGUUACGGUCGUGGAAUCACAGCCCUCCUCACACCAGAGAUUAAAGUUUAAGACUCCAGGAAGCAUCGCGUCGAAUAGACUCGUGUGUGAACAGGGAAAGCAAGGCCCCCUGUGGCAAAGAGAUGGACCCAAGGUAAAGCAGUUCGCUGCAGAGCUGGCAUGAGAAGCCAGGUCCCCUGAUGUCACCUGUACGGAGGGUUGGGUAACCGGCGGUUUUCAGACUGGGCUCCGUAGGACACUAGGGUUCCAUGCAUGGCAGCAGUGAAGGGACAGCCCCGUGGGGUCUCCAGGUCCCCCACAACAAGAACAGUUCUGUGGUCAUCCCACUGAUAUAUCAGGGUGUGUGGUCACCUCCAUUUGUGAAAGGGGUUUUCCUGCAUGGCUCAAAAAGUUGCAAGCACAUCUCCAUCCUGGGCCAUUGUUCGGGAAACAACCCAGCAGAGGCAUCUGGAGGCGGUGCCCGAGGUUUCACGCUGUGCUUUCUGGGCAGAAUCUGACAGUCACUUAGAGGACAGGAAGACUGCCUUGGACCUUCCCCCAAAAUCCUAGGCACCUGAGCAUAUCAGAAAGGUCUAGUGGUCAUGAAAUCGUUUUCAUUUUGUUUAACUCAGAGUUUCCCAAGCUUAUUUAACUAUAGGACAGUCCUGUCCACUAGAAUCUUUUGAGAGCAGCAUUCUAUGGGCUGUACUUUGGGACACACUGGUCCGUGGCACGGCCCCCUUGCACACCCCUGAGUGUGGUGAGCUAUGAGGCCUGCGCUAAGCCUCAGAGGUCCCAGCGAGAGCCAUGAUCUCUUCCUGCCUCUCCUGUGACUUGGGCAAGACACUUCUCCCUCCGGGCCCCUCACAUGUGGGCGUCUUCCUUCCCCGCUUUCCCCUCCCCUGGGGCAUUCUGUUGAUGCUCCUCACAGAUGUUCCUGGAGGGCCCGUCACGGGCCAGACUCUGUUCCAGCACCAGGGGAACUACCAGCAGUUCUGGUCACUCCGCCACAGAGCUUAUAACCCAACAAGGAGUGCAGAAAUUAAACUCAUAAUUCUAAAAGAGA